AUGGCGAUUUAUCUGAAAGCAGAAAAUGAGACGAAAAUCCUUUGCUCUUUCCCUACAAAACUAAUUAUCAUAUUCAGGCACGGCUGGUACCAGACUGGGAGUUUGGCAACUGAGGGGUUCUCCUUUCUGCUCACUUCUGGUGAUGAUGAACAGAUUCUGGGCAUCCUAAGGGACCCUGUGUCUGUUACACUGCAACUCACAUUCCAGUCUCAGGCUGCACAUCCUAAUAGUAAGGAAUGUGAGCUGCUGGUCCCAUGGGGCGGACAUACAAAUACUUUUCAAAGACAAGAGCAGAAACAACUAGCGACCAGGAAUGAGGACACAUCUGAGGGAGAUCUUGGCAGUGACAGAAAGGGUGUGGUUAAAGGCCCGAGUCAAGAGAAUCUAAGAGAAUCUUGGAAGGAAGAAAUAAAAGAUGGACAUACACUGAAUGACAGACUUCAGAAUGAGAAGUCCAGAGUGAUAAUCUGUUUACAGAAACAUAAUCCUUUGUCGAAUCCCUUUUCUGGGACUACCAACUCAUUAAAACUUAAGACUAAAUCCAGACCCACAUCACGACUAAAAGCACUCUCUGCCUUCUUCCUAAUAAGGAUAAAGCUGGUCAAUGAACAAUUCUUGUUGCUGACAAUAGACUCACCUCUAAAAGUUCAUUCUGGUUCUUGGGAUCCCAGUGAUACUGUUCACUUCCCGCAAGUCUCAGGAACAUUUUUAAGGAAACCCAAUCUCCAUCUUUCAGAUCCUGCCUUCUCCUUCGUUGCGCCUCCUCCUUCUCCUUCUCCUCCAUCUCUUUCUCCUCCUCCUCCUCCUCCUCCUUCUCCUUCUCCUCCAUCUCUUUCUCCUCCUCCUCCUCCUUCUCCUUCUCUUUCUCCUCCUCCUCCUUCUCCUUCUCCUCCUCCUUCUCCUUCUCCUCCUCCUUCUCCUUCUCCUCCUCCUUCUCCUUCUCCUCCUCCUCCUUCUCCUCCAUCUCUUUCUCCUCCUCCUUCUCCUUCUCUUUCUCCUCCUCCUCCUUCUCCUUCUCCUCCUCCUUCUCCUCCUCCUCCUCCUCCUUCUCCUCCAUCUCUUUCUCCUCCUCCUCCUUCUCCUUCUCUUUCUCCUCCUCCUUCUCUUUCUCCUCCUCCUUCUCCUCCUCCUCCUUCUCCUCCAUCUCUUUCUCCUCCUCCUCCUUCUCUUUCUCCUCCUCCUUCUCCUCCUCCUCCUUCUCCUCCAUCUCUUUCUCCUCCUCCUCCUCCUCCUUCUCUUUCUCCUCCUUCUCCUUCUCCUCCUCCUCCUCCUUCUCCUCCUCCUCCUCCUCCUCCUCCUUCUCCUUCUCCUCCUUCUCCUUCUCCUCCUCCUCCUCCUUCUCCUCCUUCUCUUUCUCCUCCUCCUCCUUCUCCUUCUCCUCCUCCUUCUCCUCCUCCUCCUCCUCCUUCUCCUCCUCCUCCUUCUCCUCCAUCUCUUUCUCCUCCUCCUCCUUCUCCUUCUCUUUCUCCUCCUCCUUCUCUUUCUCCUCCUCCUUCUCCUCCUCCUCCUUCUCCUCCAUCUCUUUCUCCUCCUCCUCCUUCUCUUUCUCCUCCUCCUUCUCCUCCUCCUCCUUCUCCUCCAUCUCUUUCUCCUCCUCCUCCCCCUUCUCUUUCUCCUCUUUCUCCUCCUCCUUCUCCUCCUCCUCCUUCUCCUCCAUCUCUUUCUCCUCCUCCUCCCCCUUCUCUUUCUCCUCCUUCUCCUUCUCCUCCUCCUUCUCCUUCUCCUCCUCCUCCUCCUCCUCCUCCUCCUUCUCCUUCUCCUCCUCCUCCUUCUCCUUCUCCUCCUCCUUCUCCUCCUUCUCUUUCUCCUCCUCCUCCUUCUCCUUCUCCUUCUCCUCCUCCUUCUCCUCCUCCUUCUCUUUCUCCUUCUCCUCCUUCUCCUUCUCCUCCUCCUUCUCCUUCUCCUCCUCCUCCUUCUCCUCCUCCUUCUCCUUCUCCUCCUCCUCCUUCUCCUUCUCCUCCUCCUCCUCCUCCUCCUCCUCCUCCUCCUCCUCCUCCUCCUUCUCCUCCUCCUCCUUCUCCUUCUCCUCCUCCUUCUCCUUCUCCUUCUCCUUCUCCU